AUGUUGGGGCUUCAAGAAGAAAAACUUCAACAAAUGCAAGACGAGAUUCAGUCAUUAAAAUUAAAAGUGUCUUUGUUACAAUCAGAAAAGUAUAAGAAAAUGAGAUCUAUCAAUAUGAAAGCACUUGCUGGGGAUGAAAUUAAUGACGAAGAAAAGAAAAUGCUUCAAGCAGAAAUUAGUGCUAUAGAAACAUUAAGAAAUGAAUUACAAAAAGAACCAAUAAGAGAAUCAAGGUCAAGAAGAAUAGAACAAAAAAGACUUGACCGACAUUCAUUAUCAUUAACAUUUAGAAAGAAAAAAAAUAAUGUAAUUUCAUUUACUUCAUCAUCAAAAUUAAGUGGAGAUAGUGUUUCUAUUAAUGGAGGAAAUGGAACAGAAGCAAUAACAGAAACAUUAAAGAAAGCUAAAGAACAAGGAUUAAAUAAAGAAGAAAUUAUUGACCAAAUAUCAAGUUGUAUUAAUAAAUAUUAUCAAGACGCUCGACCAAUUAAAGUUGGAGGAGUAUUAAAAAGUGUAGAUGAAGAUGUUAUUGUAGAACAAAAAAGUAAUACACGAUUUUAUGUUCAUACACAAUUAUUACCUAGAUUUGAUGAAAUUACUAUUGAUGAAGAAGUUAAUAGAUUAGGUGAAGAAAAAGUAAAAAGUUAUGAUACUCUUGUUGGUCUUGUUUGUGAUUCAGCAGCUGUAGUUGGAUCAGUUGUAAUUGAUGCAUUAAGUUUUGCAUCAUUAGCAGUAGCAAGACCAGAAAUAGAAGAAUAUAUUUCACAAUUUCAAAGUGCAGUUGAAGCAGUAUUAGCAAAAGCAUCAACAUUAAUGGAAAUAACACAAGAAAUAAUGGAAUUAUAUGUAAGUCAUUGUGAAUGUAAUGAUGAAAACUUUAAGAAAUAUAUUGAAACAUAUAAAGCCACUAUUACAACGUUAAAUAAAAUUAAAUUAGAACCAGAAAUUAAUUCUCAUGUUCUUUCAGCAGCAAAAGGAGAAGGACAACAAUUAAGAGCUGGAUUUAUUGAAAGAGAUUUUUAUGAAAGUGGAAAAGGAUUAAGUGCAAUUGUAUCACAAUUAAUAGUUAGUAUUGGUAAUGUUGUUAGAAAUAGAAUAAAUAAAACAGAAGAUAAUGGAAAGAAAAAGAAAAAAGAAAAAAUUGAUGAAGAAAAUCCAUUUGUAUUAAAUAGUAAAGAUAUUGUAAAAUUAGAAGUUGUAGAAGUAGGAAGUAUUACAGUAACAUUAGUUAAUUCAUUAAAAAUAUAUGUUGGUAAAGUAUAUACUGCAAGAGAAGUAAGAAAAAUUAGUGAAAAUGAAACAGAAAAAUUAACAAUGGGAACUAAUGAUUUUUGGAGUGAGAUUGAAUCUUCAGAUAAACCGAAAGUUAUUACUAAAAAAGAUUCAAAAUCAAUUAAUGCAGGUUCAUUAAAUAGAAUUAUUGAAACAUUAACUUCACCUGAUUUUAGUGAUUUAUUCUUUAGAAGAACUUUUUUCUAUUCAUUUCCAUCAUUUGCUAAAGCAAAAGAAGUUGUUGAUUUGUUAAUUACAAGAUAUCUUGUUCCAGAUAAUAUUCCAAAAGAUAAAGCAACAUUAAUUAAAAGAAGAGUAGUUAUUGCAUUAAAAUAUUUUUGUAGUGAUGCAUUAGAUGAAUGUAAUCAAGGUUUAUUAGAAUAUAUUAAAUCAUUUUUAAAUAGACCAGAAGAAACUGAUCAACAACUUAAAAGUUUAACAGCUACUAUUGAUAAAAGGUUAUAUGAAAGAAAUCAAUUAAUUUCAAAUUAUUUUAUUCCUCCUGUUGAUUUAUUCUUAUCACAAGAUAUGUGUUCACCUGCUUUAUUUAUAUCAAAAAUGGAUGAUUAUGAAAUUGCAAAACAAUUAACUAUGGUUGAUUUUGGGAUUUAUAAAAAUGUUCGUCCAACUGAAUUAUUUGAUUGUUCAUUUGAUAAAAUGAAAUACAGAGCACCAAAUGUAUGUAAAAUGUUAGCACGAGUUGAUGAAAUUAGUCAUUGGAUAGGAACUAUGAUUUUAAUGUUUCCUGAUGUUGAAAUGAGAGCAAAAUUAAUGAACAAAUUCAUUUCAAUUGCAGAUAAAUUAUUAACAUUACAAAAUUAUCAAGCUUUAGCUGGAUUUUAUGUUGGAUUAGAAGCAUAUUCUCCUAUUGCUCGUUUACAAAAUACUCGUAAUUUAUUAACUCAACAAAGUGUAAAAACAAUGAAAAUAUUAGAAAGUUAUUUUGGACUUGUUAAUAAUUCAAAUUAUAAAAAUUAUCGUUCACUUAUUAAAGAUGUUAAAGGUGCAUGUGUUCCAUUUAUUGCUGUUGUAACAAAAGAUUUAACAUUUAUUACUGAAGGAAAUGAACCAAAAGUAAAAAAUGAAGAUGGAAUCUCAUUAAUUAAUUUUGAACGUCAAGAAAUGUGUUUGACUCAAAUUGAUGAUUUCUUACGAUUCCAACAAUUUACUUUCAAUUUCCCUAUUGUUCAACCUUUAAAUGGGUAUCUUCAACAACUGACAUCUCUUCCAGAAGAUUUGUUGUAUCGUAUUUCUAUCAUUUUGGAGCCAAGAAAGAAAUAA